AUGUGUUUACGCUUUUACAGGGCUGCUUUUGAACACGUAAUUAAUUAACAUGGUCGACGACAGUCAGCAGAAGUCAGGCGGUGUCUGGUAACGAGUCUUCGGCCGCUGCUAUUCGCAAGCUGGCUCUCGGAACCGGGGCGAGGCGGUUUCAUGUCGCCGCCGUCUUCAGCGCCCGGGCCGGGGCGGCCAUGAGCCGCUUUGAGCCCGGCUCCAGCAUCGGUUACGGGAAGAUGCACGAGAAUAUCGGCGUCGUACGCAGGAGGCUCGGCAGGCCUCUGACUCUGUCCGAGAAGAUCGUCUACGGCCACCUGGACGAUCCGUCGGGGCAGGAGAUCGACCGCGGCCGCACCUACCUGCGCCUGCGUCCGGACCGCGUGGCCAUGCAGGACGCCACGGCCCAGAUGGCCAUGCUGCAGUUCAUCAGUAGCGGCCUGCCCAAGGUGGCCGUGCCCUCCACCAUCCACUGCGACCACCUGAUCGAAGCUCAGAUCGGAGGAGCUCAGGACCUGCAGAGGGCAAAGGAAGUGAACCAGGAAGUGUACAACUUCCUUGCGACUUCCGCUGCUAAAUAUGGAGUCGGCUUCUGGAAACCUGGUUCAGGGAUCAUCCACCAGAUCAUCCUGGAGAAUUACGCCUAUCCGGGUGUGAUGCUCAUCGGAACUGACUCCCACACGCCCAACGGCGGCGGCCUCGGCGGCAUCUGCAUUGGAGUGGGCGGAGCCGACGCCGUCGACGUCAUGGCUGGAAUUCCGUGGGAGCUCAAGUGUCCCAAGGUGAUCGGAGUGAGACUGACCGGGACGCUGUCCGGUUGGACUUCCCCAAAGGACGUCAUCCUGAAGGUUGCCGGCAUUCUGACCGUGAAAGGCGGCACGGGGGCCAUUGUGGAGUAUCACGGACCUGGAGUGGACUCCAUUUCCUGCACGGGAAUGGCCACUAUCUGCAACAUGGGCGCUGAGAUCGGGGCCACCACCUCGGUUUUUCCCUACAACCACCGCAUGAAGACGUACCUGCAGAAAACCGGCCGCCGAGAGAUCGCCUCAGCUGCCGACGAGUUCAGAGACGACCUCGUUCCCGAUGAGGGCUGUGAAUACGACCAAGUCAUCGAGAUCAACCUCAGUGAGCUGAAGCCUCACAUCAACGGGCCGUUCACCCCCGACUUGGCCCAUCCCGUGUCUGAGAUCGGAGCCAUCGCUAAGAAAAGCGGCUGGCCCCUGGAGGUUAAAGUCGGUCUGAUCGGCAGCUGCACCAACUCCAGCUACGAAGACAUGGGCAGAGCGGCCUCUCUCGCCAAGCAGGCUCUGCACAAAGGCCUGAAGUGUAAGGCCCAGUUCACGGUCACGCCGGGCUCGGAGCAGAUCCGCGCCACCAUCGAGAGAGAUGGAUAUGCCAAGAUUUUGAGCGAUGUUGGAGGAGUCGUUCUGGCGAACGCUUGCGGUCCGUGCAUCGGCCAGUGGGACAGGAGAGACGUUAAGAGAGGAGAGAAGAACACCAUAGUGACGUCCUUCAACAGGAACUUCACUGCCAGGAAUGAUGCUAACCCGGCGACUCACGCUUUUGUAACUUCUCCUGAAAUCGUCACAGCUCUGGCUCUGGCCGGGACCCUCAGCUUCAAUCCAGAGACCGACUACCUGACCUCCCCCAGUGGGGAGAAGUUCAAGCUGGAGCCUCCCACAGGCGACGAGCUCCCGUCCAGAGACUUCGACCCGGGCCAGGACACGUACCAGCACCCCCCUGCUGAGAGCGCCUCGGUCCGGGUGGACGUGAGCCCCUCCAGCACGCGUCUGCAGCUGUUGGAGCCUUUCGACAAGUGGAAUGGGAGCGAUCUGGAGGACAUGAGGGUCCUCAUCAAGGUUAAGGGAAAAUGCACCACCGACCACAUCAGCGCCGCCGGGCCCUGGCUGAAGUUCCGCGGCCACCUGGACAACAUCUCCAACAACAUGCUGAUCGGCGCCGUCAACAUGGAGAACGACGCCGUCAACAGGGUGAAGAACCAGCUGACCGGGGGGUACGGAGGCGUCCCAGACGUGGCUCGCUUCUACAAGGCCAACGGCGUGAACUGGGUGGUGGUGGGAGAUGAGAACUACGGGGAGGGAUCGAGUCGGGAGCACGCCGCCCUGGAGCCACGGCACCUGGGGGGACGCGCCAUCAUCGUCAAGAGCUUCGCCAGAAUCCACGAGACCAAUCUGAAGAAGCAAGGCCUGCUGCCUCUGACUUUCUCCAACCCCGACGACUACGACAGAAUCCGCCCGGACGACAAGAUUUCAAUCACCGGCCUCAAGUCCUUCGCUCCCGGGAAGCCGCUGACGGCCGUGAUCAAGCACUGCGACGGAAGCCAGGAGUCCGUCUCCCUGAGCCACACCUUCAACGAGACGCAGAUCGAGUGGUUCAAGGCCGGCUCGGCUCUCAACAGGAUGAAGGAGCUGCAGUAGCUGCCGAGAGGAGAGAAACGGCGGAGGGUGACCGGGCAGGAAACCGACUCGUCGUUUUCACUCCCAGGAUGCAACACACAUGCAUUAAAAAGGUCGCUGUACCGAUAGAAAGCGCACACCGAUGAAUUAGCACUUAGGUUCUUAAAGCCCUCUCAGUUCACAAGCUGAGUUGCACAAGUUUAGUCAAAAUAUUAGAAAAAAAUAUAUAUGUUUAACUUUUGUUGCACUAGAAUCUCUUCACUAUCUGAAACAUUCCAAUUACAAUGAAUCAUGUGAGCAUUUAAUGCUUCUUAUUAGUGUUUCUAGGCUUGAUUUAAAGUCUUUUGUAAUCAAAUGGGAACGUGAAUUUUAAUUUAAAAACAUGAAGCUUAGAAAUCUCUUACAACUCAACCCGUUCCAAAAUUAUUCUCGUUUUUCCGGCGUACCUCAUUUUAAAUGUUUAUCCGUAGAAACAAACCGAUAAGCUGAUCAUUUUUGUUCUGAUUUUAUCGUUUUUGUCGACCCUUUACUGUGAAGGUUUAAGGCGAUCCCAGAUCAGUCGUCCUUUCCUGCUUUCUGACAUCGUUACUGACUUGAACAAAAGGACAGAAUUUACUGUACUACUAACUAUUAUGUUGUUGCAUCUUUGCUAAAAAUUAACUUAUAAGCCAAUCAUUCAUCUGUGCUGUCAGCUACAGCUCACUCUUUUCUCAAUUUAUUUCUUUAACGCAAAAAAACAAUUUUCAUCUGCACUAGUCACGUCAGUGUCCACACACUCCUCGCAGCCGUCCCCUGAUGCUGCCUUGCACUGUGCCUUGCAAAAGUAUUCAUAACACCUCAACUUUUUGACAAAAUUCAGUUUAUUUAAGUUGUUUUUUUGUUAUU